AUGACUGCAGAAGAGGAUAGACUCAACAGUUUGCCAGAUGAAAUUAUCCAUAAAAUCCUCUCUUUUAUUAGCUUGAGAGAAGCUGUUGGAGCGAGUGUUUUGUCAUCCAGAUGGAGGCGUAUCUGGACUUCAAUGCCCUAUCUCAAUUUCUCAAUUCAGGAUUUAUUUCCUCAAUUUGUUUCCAAGGUUCUUUCUCGCUGCAAUAAUCAAACACAAGUGGAUUCAGUCAAACUUGUCGUUGGGGUACCUUUUCACGAUGAAUCAUUCAAAAAAAUUCUUCACCACGCAUUCUCUCACAGUGUCCAACAACUGUCAAUUACAUGUAGCAUUGGAUCCCGUCUUUCUCUCUAUAGUCCAUGGUCAAUCGAAGAUCUCCUUUUGAGUACUGGAGCUCUUUCUGCAUCUUCUCUCUUUAUGGAGAAACCAAUCCACGACAUCCCAUCUUUAACCACAUUGCAUCUUGAUGAAAUCACAUUGUCUGAUAAAUGCACUGAUCUUUUCUCCAAAUUCACCAACUUAAAUAAUCUUUCCUUAUGUACUCUCACACUUGAACAGACAUACUGGAGGUUGGAGGCUAUCAAGGUGGUUGCACCUCAACUCAAGAAUCUCAGUAUUAAAUUCUGUAGUGGGAAGAGUCUGAUGAAGAUUUCUGCACCUGGGCUUACCUCAUUGGUCAUCAAAGGUGGUUGUCGUAUUCAUCAGCUUUCUACACAAGGUUUCCCUUCUUUGGAAAACGCUGAUCUCUGUAUUUUUCGUCCAACCAAGGCAGAUGCUCAUAAAAUUGUUUGUCUACUUCAAAAGCUCCACAAUGUCAAAUUUCUUACACUUAACUUGGAGAUUCUUGAGCUUCUUACUUCAUCCGUGGAACCAAUCUCACAUCAACAUUCUCCAUUUGGUAACUUAAAGAUCUUAAAGUUUUUAACGAGUUACCCUACAACGGUAUACAUGGAGGUGCAACCAUAUGAGAAUGUAACUACAUCUACUGAAAUAAAAAAUACCCUGCAAGAUAGUUUUCCAAGUGCCAUCUUCACAACGAUCUCAUGUGAGGAGAUUAGAGGUAUGAGGAAUAUUGUAUGUGCACAACAACUUAUUGCAGAAUUACGGAUGUUACUAGAGAAGUGUAAAGCACUUGGCUAUACCAACAAGGCUCGGAUGGGACACACCAAUGCCGCAAUGGAGAGCUGCAAAACACAAGUUAACAAACAGUAG